CCGUCGCCAGCCAGAUCUCCUCCAGCUUUCAAGAGAAAGCAAGCGAAGGCUCAUACCCCGGCGAAGGUGAACAGAAAUCCUUCCAAAGAUGGUAAAAAGGCAGCAGAGCAGGAACUUGCGAACGCUGCUGACGUAUGCAUCAAUUUAGAGGUUAUUCCACCGCCACCUCAGUCUUUAAUGAAACCUGAUGGAAGUGGGGCGAGACUCGUCAUAAGGGAGAUUGUCGCCACCAAUUUCAAGUCGUAUUUUGGAACGCAAGUCAUUGGUCCAUUUCAUAAAGUACUAAUGUUAUCGAUUCUCUCCUGUUCGUCUUCGGUUACAAGGUGGCUUAUAGUGGAGUCCCACUUUUUUAAGGCUUCGAAAAUUCGUUCUAAGAAGUUAUCUGUGCUUAUUCACUCAUCGAGAGCUCAUGAUGAUAUCAAUAGUUGCACUGUUGAAGUUUUCUUCGAACAGAUUGUUGAUAAGGAUGACUGCUUCGAGGUUGUUGAAGGGAGCGAGUUUAGUGUUUCAAGGACGGCCUAUAAAAAUAAUAGCAGUGUCUAUGCUUGGAAUGGAAAAACCAUGACGAUAAAAGAAAUUGCUGGUCGUUUGAGAGAACUUGGGAUCGAUCUGGUCCAUAAUCGUUUCCUCAUUCUACAGGGAGAAGUAGAACAGAUUGCCAUGAUGAAGCCCAAAGGAGAAAACGCGCAUGAGGAAGGCAUGUUGGAGUAUUUGGAGGAUAUCGUUGGAUCAAGUCGAUUCCGUGUAGGUUACGACAAUAAAAUCUCGUUGCAGGACGGAUUUGAGUGCAUAGGGCUUGGUUUAAAGGAAAUGUAUCAAAUGAUAACUAUUGGUGGGGAUGCCUCUUUAGAUCUUAGAGAUUCAACAGAUCCGUUCUCGCAAGGCAUACAAUUCAUGGUCCGACCACCCAGGAAAUCGUGGAAGCGAAUUGAAAAUUUAUCUGGUGGUGAGAAAACAUUGGCAUCACUGUCACUGGUUUUCGCUUUACAUCACUACCGGCCAACACCUCUAUAUGUUAUGGACGAAAUCGAUGCGGCUCUUGACUUCAGGAAUGUGUCGAUUAUCGCACAUUACAUCAAACGCACGAAAAACGCACAGUUCAUAAUCAUUUCGCUUCGAAAUAACAUGUUCGAGCUUGGUGAUCGUUUGAUCGGAAUCUACAAAACCUUUGAUCGGAGUCAAAAUGUUGUUGUGGAUCCGCCACAAGUACUAAGUUUACAAGCAGAAUGCAUUCGUCGGGACCAAAUGAUUCUGUCGAGAAGCAGUUCUGACGAAGAAGACGUUGACAUGGAUGGCAUAAGUGAAGGUGUUAAGCAAAAUCCUACACCCGUUGGUUCGCAACAGGAGCAAAGGUUGGAUUCCAGCUGUGACGAUAAAGAGGUGAAGUUUAAAUUAUCUUUAGUCUUACGUGUUUCCUCUUUAGUAUUAUCCAGAAAAUUUAGAAGCGAUAACAGUUCACCUUUUUGA